CGCUCAAACCGCUUUGAAGGAAGCAGAUAAAACCACAAUUUCCUGUUGAAUUAUAAUGGCUACAUGGAGUGACCUUGAAGUCAGGGCUCUACUUGCUAUUUGGAGUGACAGCAGGAUUCAGGAGGAGCUAGAUGGUGCUGUGCGUAACAAAUCAGUGUAUGAAAAAAUUGCAAAAAAAUUGCAAAAACAAGGACACACCAGGGAUUGGAAACAGUGCCGUUCUAAAGUUAAAAACCUUAAAACAAGCUACAAAGAAAUCAAAGAUCACAAUAACAAAACUGGCAAUGGAAGGAAACAGUGCAAAUUUUACAAAGAGUUGGACAGCAUUCUUGGGCAUAGGCCAGCUUCUACACCCAUCACUCUCUUAGAUUCAGGAAACUCGGUCACUGAAGCCGCCCUAGACACUGACUCCGACCCUGACCCUGACCCUGAAGAAGCAAACGAUGGAAGUCAGAUUCAGCCAGAUUCACCAGGGCACUCCGGCCAAAAAACUCCUGAGAAUGAAACAACUGAGCCACCCAAAAAAAGGGCAAAAAAAGAAAGCAAGUCGGAGAAGAUGAUGGAAAAAACAGUGAACUUAUUUCUUAAAUAUCAUAAGGACUCGGAAGAGAAGAAUGAUAAAAGAGAAGAAGAAAGGUGGACAAAAGAAAUGGAAUUGGAUGAGAAACGAAGAAAGGCAGACCAGGAGCAUGAAUACAGAAUGAUGCAAUUAGUCAUGCAGCAGCGAGACCCACCACCACAAAACUACCCGUCAUCGUACAACUUUGUCAACGACACUACAUUUUAGCUAGCAAGUUUAACAACCUAUACCAACAUAACUCAUUAUAGUCGACAAGAAACCAUAGUAUUACACAAUCAUAUUCAUACAGCAGUCAGUCAUUGAUUAAUUACUGUACAUUAAUUUUAAUAAAUAAUUAUUUUAAGUUUGCCAUGGUAACUCUAUUACUGAGAAAAGUAUAUCAUUAAAGCUUUUUGUAUAUCUUUGCCACUAUUAGCUACUGUUGAAGACGAAGGUAAGCUGGGGCUGUUUAGA